UCCCCCGCCCCACUUACGUUCCCAGGCGAGGAAGACCUCCAAAUACAGCACACUCACUACCAAAUAACAUUUCUGGAGGACUUCUUACGGAAAACACUGUAGCACACAGCACGUUAGCUUAGGUCACAUUGUUCCUGGACUACCUUCUAGCAACAGUCAGGGGCCACUGAACUUACUUCGUCUAGGCUAGGGCUUCCAAUUAUCUAAGGCCGGCCUUGUCAUAAUUUUAUUAUAACGUGAGCAAUGUCUCCUGUCUUCAUUUCGGUCCUGCUUGUUGUCGCCUGCCAUGGAUACCCUGAUGGGGCGCCAGACACUCCGGAGAUGUGUGAUACUUUAAAGCCGACACACUACAUAAUCAAAGAGAAUAGCAGCUCAGGACAAUGGCAACCGACAGCCCUGAAACCAUUCAAUUACAGCAUUCACGUGAAUAGAAAAAGUGUCUAUCCUGGAAAGGAAGUGAAAAUUAUCAUUAAGGCUGAUCAGAUGUAUUUCGAAGGCUUUAUCUUACAAGCAAGACGUGCCUCCAAUACUUUAGAUUAUAGCAAGAAAUAUGGUACUUUUAAACCCCACGAUGAAGACGCUAAACUUAUAUGUAAUGACGCUGCCAUCACUCACACUAAACAUUUUCAUUGGAAAAACAUCACUUUUAGCUGGAUUGCUCCACAAAAUGUUGAGGAAAAUGUGAAAUUUGUUGCCACUGUGGUCAAAGGUUAUAAAACUUACUUCAUGAAUGUUGAAUCUGAUGUUGUGAAAGUGUCUGGAACAUCAGCAGUCGGCAUAUCAACACUCAUUUUGCUUCUAGCAUCUGCUAUGAACAUUGUACAUUUAGUGUAGUCUAAUUCACCUAAUCGAAAUAGAAUUCUUCAACCUGUAGACAAUGUUUCAAACAAGUUCCUUGUAUAUAGUGUCACAUUACUGUUUAUAUUCAUCUUCAUAAUAUUACUGAUCAUUAUCGAUGUCAAUGUCAUUGUAUCUAUAAAAUGUUUGGGAACCACUGUGAAAUGUGUUAAUAAAAUGUUCUCAUUUUA